UGAUCCAGAUUAGUUGAUCCAGAUAAAUUGAUUCAGAUUAGUUGAUUCUGCUUGUCUUCUGUUCUCAGGGAAUGUACAGCAGUCCGUUGAACAUCCGUCAGACCUUUAAGAUUCCAGAGAAGCAGUACUUUGUGACGGCGUUGUCGGCGCGAGCGAAGCUGAAAGCGUGGUCGGAUGUGGACGCUCUGUUCACGAGCAGGAACUGGCUCGGCUUCACCCGGAAGAAAUCACCGCUCAACUUCCAACGAGUCGUUGACAUCCUGCAGAAGAACUCCGCCCCCACACAGGUGCUGAAGGACUACGUGGCGUUGGUUGAUGAUGCGGACGUCAGGAUCGGUUUGGCUCAGAAAUAUAAAUGUCACGACAUCGUCAUCAACACGUACCGAGACCUGAAGGACCGACAGCUGUUGCUAGGAUACCGGGGAAAGGUUGAGAGAGGGUCGGUGGAGGAGAGGAAGAUUGACGAGCUGCUCAGCAACCUGCAAAUGAGGUGGAAGAACUGACUGUCACACAGGAAGGACAUUAGGGACGUCCAAUCAGCUUUCAGCCUGGGGAG